CGGGAAAUACUACGUCAUCGUUACAAAUGGCCGACGUUGUAAACAAGGCAGAGGAAUACAAGUUUUAGUUCGCUAGCUAGCUAGCUACAUGUUUACCACAACAACAAACAAACAAAAAAUGAAUAGCAUAGACUGCGAGCGUUUGGACAGCUUGGACGGCUGGGUCGCCAUCAAAACGAACAUAUUCGAAGAAAACGAGACGUUCAAGCUCGGUUUUAUCGUUCAGUGGAAUGUGAUCGAGUCCAAGUUCGCGGUCACCUGUCACAACAGAACUCUCCAGCGACAGAAGCGCAAAGACCAGCUUGCUGUCUGCGAAACCGAAACCAGCUGGGCCGGACUCUUCUCCGUUAACGACUUAAAAAAUGUCCACCGUCAGUUUACAGGGGUCGGGGAUGUCGUCGCACCCUAUUUCCCCGACCUGUCGGACUUCAAAGAGGGUAACAUUUGGGACAUGAUCUUUCUCAGUAGCAAUCGGACGUUCAACCAAGAUGAUCAAGAGAGAGAUCUGGAUACACCUUGCCGUCAACUGGAGAAGUACUUCAGCACUGCGAUAGAUAUCUGUGGCAGGAAGAUAGUGCUGGACUCGCUUUUCCCGCAGGACGAGCGAGAUGUCGAGGAGUACUUUGAGAACAUGCAGGAGUUCAAGAGGAAAACCAUGCAGGAUGAGGUCACCAGGGCUAAGGAUCACCUUAGAAAGAUCCUUCAGAGUCAUGGAGGUGCAGACAGAAUGAUUCUACUGCUACAGAUCUACCACGAGGAGGACCUAGCCUACCAGGACCUGGUCACCGUAGCAACCACCUUCUACCAGUACCUGCUGCAACCCUUCAGAGACAUGAGAGAACUGGCAGGGCUCUACAAGAUGGAGAUACUGAAGUCUCUGGAUGAGGAGGAGUUGGGUCCUAAGAGGAUAGCAGCACUGGAGAGAGAGGCAGAGGAGUGGAGGAGGAGAGGAGAGGAUGCAGUCUCCUCCAUACAGGACAUCACAGUCAGCUACUUCAUAGAAACAUCCAAAGCCCUUGGAGGUAUGCUACGUGUGAUGGGGGAGGAUAAGCGUGGUUUUGGUCAGGCCUCCUGGGCCUCAGCAGCUCCUAGACUGGAGAAGCUGCGUUUCCUGCUGGCUAAAGAGACCCUGCAACACAUGAGAGCAACUGAGAUGUGUCUGCACCGCAAGAAACACACCAUCAGAGAAAAGAUGGGAGGUCUGUCUGGCCAGGACCAGAGGGGACCAGAGACUGUAGAUAACCUAGAGCUUCAGUACUAUGAGGCUCAGCUAGAACUCUACGAUGCCAAGUUUGAGAUCCUCAAGAACGAAGAGCUCCUAUUGGUCGCUCAGAUCGACACCCUGCGACGCCAGAUAAAAGAGCUGAAAGAGGAGGUGGUGUAUUAUGAUGUGUGUGAGGAUCCAGAGGAGCUCCAAAGCCUAUCACAGACAGCUGCACCUUUAGACCCCACCCACUCACCUGUCAAUCACCUGGGGCGAUGCCUACAGCAGCUGGAAACCAAGAGAGGGAACAUCUGUGCCCGCCGCGCAUACCUCCGCAACAAGAAGGAUCAGUGUGUGGAGGCUAACGAGCAGAAGCACCGUCUGGCCCAGCACAGCUCCACUCACUUUACCCAGCACCACGGAGUAGCCCUGAAGAGAGAGAAGAGGAGAGAGGAUGAAGAGAGGAGGAAGGAGUGGAUGGACCAGGAGAGAGAGAGAACCCUGAGCAGACUCCGCUCCUUCAGAGAGAAGCGACAGGGAAGUUACGUCCUGAAGACUCCACGAUCCAAGAUGGCAGCCAGGGAGCCGCAGUGUUCCGACCUCUCCCAGCCUCUGUCAAUCAUUAGCAUCGGCUCCUCCCCUUCAUCUAAUGGUGCCGCCCCCAGAAAGACCCCCAGGAAACUCAAACCGAAAGACAUCCCCGUCCAAAUCUUCACUCCUCCUCUCCCUCCUCCUUCGCCUCUGCCAACUACACUUCCCACUACAGCUGUACCCCCACCUCAGACCUCCUCUCCUCCUCCCCCUCCCCCUCCCCUCCUCCCCCCUACCCCACCUCCUCCCCCUCCACCCCUCCCUGCCCUCACCCCCUGUAAAACAGAGGUAGGGGACUCCCCCAUGCCUCUCAGUGAGAAAGAGGCCGCACCCUUCCCUGCCAAAAUGACCCUGAAGCAGAACCUAGGUUCUAUGGACGAGGUGUUGGCAUCAUUACAGCGUGGUCAGGUCAGGCUGCGUCGUGUCCAGCCCCUUGCCCCUCCUGGUCCCGGCCUGGCGCCCUCCGGUGGCGACCUCAGGGAUAACAUCAUGUCUGCCAUCAGACUUGGGGUCAAACUACGCAAGGUGGUCCCAGCAGUGCCCCUGCCCCAGGACAGCAGGGACACGGAUCUGCAGAAGAGCAUCAAGGCAGCCAUGCAGAGGAUGAAGAAGGUCUCCUCCGACUCAGAUGAAGAUGAGGAGAGAGGAGAGGACAACACGCCCUCGGCUGAGUGGGACAGCUGAGAGGAGACGUAUGCACGGACAGACAGACACUCGGACGCGCACGGACACAUCCAUAAAGCAGGCGUACUGCGUGUGUGUGUGUGUGUGUGUGUGUGUAUACAGCGGGGAGAACAAGUAUUUGAUACACUGCAGGUUUUCCUACUUACAAAACAUGUAGAUAUACU